AUGUUCCGUAUAUCAAGUUUUGUUGGUAAAUAUGCUAUUAGAAAUCUUUCUGCUGCAGCUCCAUCUACCGGAAGCUCUACACUUACACCUACUAAAAAGGCUCUGAUGAAAUUACGUAAAAUAACAGGCUAUAAUUAUGUAAAUUGUAAGAAGGCUCUUGAUAAAUUUGGUCCAGAUAAUAUAGAAGAGGCAACUGUAUGGUUACGGGAAUUGGCAAAAAAAGAAGGAUGGACAAAGGCUGCCAAAUUGAGUGAUAGAAGAACUACUGAAGGACUUUUAUCAGUUGCAACAAAUGAAAAUGUAGCAGCUGUUGUUGAGUUAGAUUGCCAGACAGAUUUUGUUGCUAGAGGAGAUGAUUUUAAAAACUUAAUUACUAAUGUAACAGUAGCAAUUUUAAAUCAUGCUAAAGCUUUUUCAAGUUCUGUUAAUGUUGCUAAGGGUGAAAUAAUAACUGUACCUGUACAAGGUGAUGAAAUCAAGAUGUCUGAUGGGACUUCUGUAAAAGAAGCUAUUGCUAUGACUAUUGGAAAGUUAGGUGAAAACAUUACAUCUCCAACAAUGAGUAUGAUCUUUACUGAAUCAGAUGUCAAAAUAAGUGGUCAUUCUCAUCCAAAAGAAAAAUUAAAUCAAUGUGAAAUUGGAAGAUUUGUUUCUCUUGCUUGUUUAAAACGCGACCCUAUCAAAAGUACAUCAUUUCCAUCAGAAAUAUUAGGAGAACAAAUUUGUCAACACAUAAUAGGUAUGAAACCGGAAACAAUUGGUAAACCACCAGAGGUAGUCAACAAAACAAAAGAUGAUGAGAUAAAAAAAACUCAAGAAGAUGAUCAGACAAAAGAAACUCAAGAAGAAGAAGAUGUUAAUGCUUAUUAUAGUGGUAGAACAACAGAAUUAAAUGAAGAUGAAACUGGUCUUCUUAGACAACAAUUUAUGUUAAAUCCAUCACAAUCAGUUUACUCAUAUUUGGAAGGUCAUGGUGCACAGAUAGUUAAUUAUUUACGAAUGGAGGUUGGAGAAAAAUCAGUUGAUGAAUAG